UCACCACCAUUAACAACAAAAGAUGAACAUAUUCAAUUUAUAUUAAAUUUAAUGAAGAAAUGGACAGAAAAUAGCAAAGAAAAUUUACAUCUUGAUCAAUUAGCAUUAAAACCGGAUGUUGAUUAUACAAUAAGUAUAACUGAUAAUAAUAAUGUUUUUGGGGGUGCCAUGAAAUGCAAAUGUGGUGUUCGUAUAAGAUUAAGAAAAAGAGAUGGUAGAUUUCAAAUUACCAAUUUUUAUAAACAUUUAAGAUCUGCAACAUGUUCCAUGAUGAGAGAGAAAACAAAGCAACAUAAUCAACAAAAACGAUUACCAAAUAAUACCAGUGGUAAUGAUAAUAAUAAUAAUGCUGACGAUAAUCAAUCAACAGCAUCUUCAUCAAUAACAUCACAACAACCACUAACAGAUAUGACAUCAAAUGCACCAACAUCCCAAUCACAACGAACAAAUAUAUUAUCAUUGUCAACGGCAAGCGGUACUAAACGCAAUUCAUCGAGUUUAAAAACAACAAAUUCACAACAGUCAUCAACAAAAAAACAUAAAACAUAA